AUGAUAGAUGAGAAAAAAGUUGAAGACUUAAAACAGUUUGUGACACUUUGUCAAGAAGACCCAUCCAUUUUAUUGAAACCAGAAUUGGGAUUCUUUAAAACAUUCAUUGAAAGUUUUGGAGGUAAGGUUGGUAAAGACAAAGAAUUUUUUGAGAAGAGUGCAAGUGAUGAAAGUACAGAAGAAAAAUCAGAAGAAGAAGAAGCAGAGGAAGAUGAAGAUGAUAAAGAUGAUGUAGAAGAAGAUGAAGAAGAGGAAGAAGAAGAAGAGGAAGAGGAAGAAGAUGAAAGAUGUAAAGAUUUUAUGGUAGAAGAAACUAUUGAAUGCCCUCCAUUAGCACCAAUAGUAGAUGAAGAUUUAUCUGAUGAAGUAUUAGAACAAAUUAGUAAUUUAAAAAUAGAAGCUGCUGAACUUGUUCAAGAUAAUAAAUUAGAAGAAGCAUUAGAAAAAUAUAAUAAAAUAAUUGCCUUUGGUAAGCCAUCUGCUAUGAUAUAUACAAAACGUGCUUCAGUUUUGUUAAGCCUAAAAAGACCCAAAGCUUGUAUAAGAGAUUGCACUGAAGCCUUAAAUUUAAAUAUCGAUAGUGCUAAUGCAUAUAAAGUUAGAGCCAAAGCUUAUAGACAUUUAGGUAAAUGGGAAUGUGCACAUGCUGAUAUUGAACAAGGUCAAAAGAUUGAUUAUGAUGAAGACUUAUGGGAUAUGCAAAAAUUGAUCGAAGAAAAAUAUAAAAAGAUUUAUGAAAAGAGAAGAUCCAAAAUUAAUAGAGAAGAAGAAAAAAAAAGAAAAAAAAGAGAAAAGGAAUUGAAAAAAAGAUUAGCAGCUAGGAAAGCAGCUGAAAAGGCAUAUAAUAAAGCUAAUAAUAAAAGAGAAAAUUAUGAUUCAGAUUCGUCUGAUUCGUCUUAUAGUGAACCUGACUUUUCUGGAGAUUUCCCAGGAGGUAUGCCAGGUGGAAUGCCAGGAGGAUUUCCAGGUGGAUUUCCAGGAGGAAUGCCAGGAGGAAUGCCAGGAGGAAUGCCAGGUGGAAUGCCAGGUGGAAUGCCAGGGGGAAUGCCAGGUGGAAUGCCAGGAGGUAUGCCUGGUGGAUUUCCAGGAGGAAUGCCCGGUGGAUUUCCAGGUGGAAUGUCAGGAGGAAUGCCAGGAGGAAUGCCAGGUGGAAUGCCCGGUGGUAUGCCUGAUUUAAAUUCCCCUGAAAUGAAAGAACUUUUUAAUAACCCCCAAUUUUUUCAAAUGAUGCAGAAUAUGAUGAGUAAUCCACAAUUAAUAUCUAAGUAUGCUAAUGAUCCCAAAUAUAAAAACUUAUUUGAGAAUUUAAAAAAUUCAGAUUUUGGUAAUAUGAUGGGAAAAGAGAAUGGAAAAAAUUAA